AACAAUCAGUAGUUGUGCGGCGUUGAGCCACGCAAAUCGUUUCCAACUUCAAACUAAAAUAAUUGUCGGUAUCCGCUAGAAUUAUUGCAAGCUUAAAUCAAAACAUGGACACCUGGUUGAAAGAACGAUUGUCGAAGUAUCUCGGCUUCGUGGUACCAGAUGAAAUGAUCAGCUACAUCCUCACAAUCCGCAGUUCACAGGAACUGGAAGAGUAUUUCGAGACUUUGCUGAACUUGAAGACGGUCGAACACGGCUUAUUUCUGGAUGAGUUGAAGCAGCGAUUGAGAAGAAGUCGUUCCGCUGGCCAAGGUGGUAGGGCUCCAAAACUGAGUAAAGCCCAACAGCAGCAAGAGAACAAGAAGGCUCAACAAGAUCAACAGAGCCAGCGCCAACCGCCAGAACCCGUCGCGGCUCCAUCGUCAUCGUCAUUGGGUCAGGGUGCGGUCAAGAAGAAAACUAAAUUCGUCAAUCUGUACGACCAGAAGGGUCAAACCAACGUGGUGCUGUUCAAGGGUCGUCAUCUGUGCGAUUGCCAGGCCACGAAGCACAAACUGGUGAACAAUUGCUUGCAGUGUGGACGGAUCGUUUGUGCGCAGGAGGGAAGUGGCCCGUGUCUGUUCUGUGGGAGUUUGGUGUGCACCGAGGAGGAACAGCGCACGAUUGACAGUUCGUCCCGCAAGGGUGACAAUCUGAAGCGCACCCUGAUGGAUCUGAACCGUCCCAAGGGUUGGGAAGAGGCGGUGGCAACGCGCAAUCGAUUGCUCGAGUACGAUCGGAACAGCGAGAAGCGAACGACGGUAAUUGACGAUGAGUCGGACUACUUUAAGGCGAACUCGGUUUGGUUGUCGGACGCGGAGCGGAAGAAAAUGGAAAAAUUGGAAGCGGAAAUGAGGGAGAAGAAACAUGCAAGUCGGCUAACUCGGAAGGUUACUCUGGAUUUCGCUGGGAGGCAAGUUGUUGAGGAACCUGAAUUAGCCUUCGAGGUGGAGGAUAAUAUAUUGAAGCAAAUUGUCGAGUCGGUUGCGUCGGAGAGCGCAGGCACUGGUGGCAAUCAGGGACGGUGGAAUAAAAAUCCGAAGGGAGAACUGUCGGAUGAUAUUCAUCCGGGCAUUGUAGGGCAGGCGCCAGUCUUCAUCGAAUCGUGUUCAUCGCGUCCGUUCGCCAAACACAAAAGUGCACCAUCCCACGAUGGCGUGUACAGCAAGGUUCAGGACAAAGAGUUCCUGGAAAUGUCCGAUCUUCGGCACUGCAUUUCAAUGCAUCAACCGUGGGCCUCACUGCUGGUGGCGGGCAUCAAACAGCACGAAGGUCGCACCUGGUAUUCGUCCCACCGGGGUCGGCUCUGGAUCGCUUCCACCGUGCGGCCAGUCGACAUGGAAAUGGUCAAGCAGAUGGAGAACUUCUACCGGGUGCUGUAUCACGACGAGAGUAUCGAGUUUCCCUCGCAGUAUCCCUCGGGAUGUCUGCUGGGAUGUGUUUCGGUUCAGGAUGUGCUCCCCCAGGAGGAGUAUCGGAAGCAGUACCCCGAGGGGGAAUCGGAAAGCCCUUUUGUGUUCGUUUGCACCGAUCCCCAGGAGCUGCCGAUUCGGUUUCCCGUAAAGGGGCAGCACAAGAUUUAUAAUCUGGACACCAAGAUACAUCAAGCCGCAGUCAAAUCUCUCCAGCGAUUGUCGAAGCUUAAAGCGGAGGAGUAAGAUCAAG